AUUAUGAAACAAACUCGCAUUUUCCUCUUCUUUUCUUCAUUUCCUCUUUCGCUUCUCUGAACUUUCCGUCUCUGCGAUCAUCGCCCGUUACUCCGAAGAACCUUCAAAAAGAGUAUUAGCUUAUACCCGCAUUGGGCGUUCAAUCACCGCCUCUCGAUUCGUUGACUUUGUUGAAGAAAUCAGUUUGAAUCUUUCAUCUGUUUGCGAACAGAAAGAGAGGAAGAAGAAAAAGAUGCAACAGUUAUUGUUUUCGGUGAUAUUCUCGGAGAUGGCGGUGAUUAUGGUGUUAUCAUUCAAGACUCCAUUUAGAAAACUGGUGAUCAUGAGCCUGGAUCGCGUGAAGCGUGGUCGAGGCCCGGUUAUGGUGAAGACGGUGGCGGGAACCGUGUCUGUGGUACUCGCAUCAAGUAUCUACAGCAUGAUGAAGAUCAAGAAACGGUGGAUCGAUGAAGGUGCGAUGAAUCCGACGGACCAGGUUCUCAUGGCCAAGCAUCUUCUUGAAUCAACUCUCAUGGGUUCUGCCCUAUUCCUUGCACUGAUGAUAGAUAGACUGCACCAUUAUAUGAGGGAACUGCGCAUAAGGAGGAAGAGCAUGGAAGCUGUAAAGAAGCAAGGGCGAGGUUUUGAGGAUGGGAAGCUUGGAUUGUCGGAGGACGUCAAGGUCUUGGAAGAAGAAAUUAGCACAUUGUGUGCACAGUUUAAGGAGCUGGAAUCUAAACUUGAGGCUAAGACAAAAGAGGCAGCUACUGCAGAAGCCAGUGCAGUUGCACUAAGGAAGCAGUCAGAAGGUUUCCUUCUCGAGUAUGAUCGUUUGCUCGAGGAGAACCAAAACCUACGGAAUCAGCUGCAGUCAUUGGACUGGAGAUCCUCACACUCAGUCAGCAAGAAGAAUACUUGAGGAAAUAACUGCUUCUCGCAAGAACAAUUUUCAGUUUCCCUUCAAUUCAACUUGUCUUUAUCCAGGAGCUGCACUUUUCCUGCUUCCAGUGUCAAUCAUGCUGUUCUCUAUGCAAUUUUGUAAAAGUGAAAAAGAGUAAUGCCAAAUAGAGAAAAAAAAAAAAGGGAAAUAGGAUUGUACUUUUGUGUGUUGAUAUUCUUAAGGGCUUUAAAUGCUGAGUGGAGGGGAACAAUUUUCCAUGUUGCUGCUGCUUUUUGUUCUUAUUCUUCUGAAUGUAAAAAUUAACUGGCAGAUUGCAGAAAGCAAUGGAGAAAAUAUAAAGAAGAUGGUAUUUGGGUUGAA